ACUGGUCAGAGAAAAAUGGAUGCAGCUGGCAAGUCGUUAGAAAUGAAAGUUCCUAUUCGACCAGCGCCUGCACCCCCUGGACCAAGCAGAAAUGCACAGCCUUGCAGAACUUCGUCCCAACUGCUGGACGACUUUGGCAACUGUGAUCCAUUCAUGGAUAGGAAGUUCUCGAGGUCGGAGACAACCUUGGCCACUAAGAAGAAGCCCCCUCCACCCAGGCCCCCGCCACCCAAAUUGCAGCCCAAAGCUGUCAAUAGGAAACAGGCGCCAACACAACUGCUAACGAAUAUAUUCGGCCGUAAGCAGCCGAGUAAGGGACAAGCGGGGGCGGGGAAGCAGUCGGACGGGGACAGGGACAGGUCGUCUCCAAACUCGUCACUGUACGGGUUUGGGGGUGGGGGAGGGGGCAGCUGUUACGGGUCGACGCAGCAUAAUAUCCAGGUGGCAGCGAGCAAUGUGCCCAGUGCCACCUUGAUCGAUUUCAACUCGCCGCCGGCUUCGCCCACGCUGACUGCACGCUCCAGUAGUGAUGGGGUGGAAAGCGGCUUCGAGGACGACUUCGACUUCCUGACAUCGACCUCAUCGAACACAACGACCCCGCUGGCAGUCGACGAGUCCGACCCGUUUUCGCCCCUCAGGCGAGCCUCACCGGGUCUCUCGAUGCCACCCACCAUCUACGAGGACAUCCAGGGGUCCAGGAGACCCCCUUCAUCCGAUAGCUCGUUCCCGGGGCCUAGGAGGCAGACAUUCAAGCCGACCAUCAUCCGCGGCGCUUACACCGGCAAACCGAAGAGGCCUCCCCCGAUGAAGACGGAGUCUGUGUCGAAGGAAUCGUUUGAUAGCGAUGACGUGAAGGCCAACUGGUCGCCACCUAUGCCCUCCAUGCCUCCCCCUCCCCCUCCCCCCGAAGCGCUCGAUGCUCUCCUCAAUGGACCCCAACUGCCGCCGCGGCCCACCACUCUCAUGUCGGAUACCGUUGAAAGGAAAAAACCCUAUUGUAUAGCACAGUACGAUUAUGAGGCCACCCACCCAGAUGAUCUCUCGUUUAAGGUAAAUGAUGUGAUAUCUUUGAUAAGUCGAGUGAAUGCAGAGUGGUUGAAAGGCCAGCUUAUGGGCAAGGAGGGAAUAUUUCCGGAGAGUUUUGUGAAUGUGGUGGUUGCUCUGGAUGAGCAGCCGGUCGACUCAUUCGACAACGACGCCAAAGCCAUUGCCUUGUACACGUUCACUCCAGAAACGUGGGAUGAUCUGUCGUUUCAGGAAGGAGAUACUGUGAGAAUUCUGAAGCGAGUGAACGAUGACUGGCUGUAUGGGGAGUGCGGAGGUAGAAGGGGACAGUUUCCAGCCAAUUUCGUGUCGUCCCUUUUCCCUGAUGCUGAUUCUUGAUGUUCUCUGUGAUCAAUCGACGGGCAAACAAAGUUCAGGCUCCGUCAGUUGAUUGUUAUUUCAAAAUCCAAUUUCAUAUCUUGUCUAUUGAAAUUUUUAACUUUUCAACUUGGUUUUAAGGUCACAAAAAUUCGAUAUCGUAAUCGACUUGCUAGAAAAUGCUUUCCAUACCUAUUUGGCCCCAGUUUUCUAUUAAUUUUGUAAAAUUCUAAAUUCUGAUAAUUUUAAUUAGGUACCACAUGAAACAAGAGUAAACUACAGUACUACAAACUGUUGAAACGAAUGAGUGAAUGUUCAAAUUACUUUCUCCUUUUCUCAUCAUGAGAAAACCUGAACAAUUAAAAUGUUACGUUAUUAAAUUGAUUAUUAAAUUAAUUACGUUAUUAAUUACAACGUUUAUAAAUUAAGUUACAAUUAAAUGUUAUGCUGCGGUUAUGUUUUUAGAUUCGGUGAUUUAUGUUUUAAUGCUUCAUUAAUUUUAUUCUUCUUGAUGAUCUAUUCUUUGUACAUAUCAAUUGUUGAUUUUAUCUUAUGUUUAAUUCUAGUCCCUCAGUGGAAGAAGACUACUCAUUGUAUCUGUUUGUAAAUAUUGUUUAUUUGAAAAAAGUAUGUUUUAUAAACAAUCCUAUUAUUAUUGAUAAUGUUAAAAAUUUUAUUUUCUUAUAACUUUGUAAAGAUUUUAUUGCAUGAAUAUUAUUUGUUUACGGUAGUUUUAAUUACAUGGCUUUGAACUUUUGUUAUUGUUCUGUUAUAAAAAUUGAGAUGCAUUAGUUAUCAAAAUUAUAAUAUUGUACGGCAUAUUAUCUAUCAAUUUAAAAUUACUACAAGUGAUGGUUUGUUUUUCAAAAAGAAAAAUAAUAUUCCAUUUUCAACAUUCAUUUAUGAUAAUAUUAUUUAUUAUCUUUUAGUUUCACAAUAUUAUUACCGACACAAUUAUUGAUUUUUCAAGUUUCUGUUUUCUAUUAUAUUCAAGAUAGUAUUGGAUAUGAUGGGUAGGUGGUGUUUAACUUGUAUUCCUAAAACUAAAUAUCAUUUAAUGAAUGUAUUAAUAUUUUCAUUCUUUAUCAUCAUUUAAUUUCUUCUAUAAAUACAACCCUCCAUACAUUCCCUUUUGAUCGGAUAUCUACUUUUGUAAUUGCACAUUCAGCACUUUGCAUCCACCCCACACAUGUUCAUAUUUUUCUACUAUACCAUUAAAUGCAUCAAAGGAUUGAAUUUAAUGUAAAGAAAAAAUAAAAGUAGUCAAUGAAAAUCCGCUAUUUUAUGAACAAACUUCAAUGAACAAAUUAUUGUAUUAGCAUAAACCAAAAAGUGCAUUAAAAUGUUCCAUAUAUUUUGAAAACUUAUUAAGAAUCAGCAUUGUAAAAUUGAAAUUGAUACUUCUUAAAUUACUGGUGAAAUCGAUUCUCACAUUCAUGAGUUUCAACAGUCACUACUAAUUGGACUUCUUCAUUGGCAUUUUUCAAUUUCAUUGAACAUUUUGGAAGCUAUUUGGUGCCAAGAUCCGGUGGUUAUUGCGAAUUUAUUACAAUAAUUGCAAAUAUUUAAAAAUAUAAUAUCAUGAAAGCAUUAAUAAACUAUCUUCUAUCUCACUAGUAAAUUUUGUGAUAUAUAUUCUGAUAUAAAUUAUCACAUAUCAAUCAAAAUAAUCAAACUUCUAUCUUUAUACUUUCAUUUUCCUUAUUACCUGAAGGAAUAUAUACACAUUUCAUAUAAUUUAUAUUUUAUCCUAUUGUAUUUUCAAAACAUAUCAACUUUUGUGAUAAACUCAUGAUUUUAAAAUUCAUUUAUGAUAGAUAAUAUUAUCUUGUAGUUUCACAAUAUUAUUACCGUUAACUUCGUAUAACUUUGUAAAUAAUCUUGGAAGUCUCUAGAAGUUUUAUUACGGUAAUGAAUAUUAUUAAAUGAAUUACAAAAUAGGGAGUUUGGUUUUGAGAUUUUUGUCCAUAGAACUGUGUUCUGAAGCGUUUCGAUAUAAACUGAUCAUAACGUCAGUAUUUUAACGCGUAUAGCAUGAAUUUUGAUGUAUUAUAUUAUGUUAUUUUUAUUCAUUACAUUGAGAAAUUUGUCAAAUGAUCAAAAUAUGUUACCCAUUUCAUAGUUGUUUUAUUUGAAUUAUAGUUAUGCACACUUUCUUUAAUAUAAUAAUUCAUUCUUUGCAUUUAAUUGAAAGUAAAUAUUGAAGAAGUUUCGAAAUAAGAUAAUUUGCUACUUGGAAUUGAGUAGAAUAUUUUAUCUUAACUACCCAGUAUUUACAUUACAUGUCUUAAAAACUAGAGUUUUAAUUUUUAACAAUUUAAUAGAGGAAUGGUAGCAUUUAUAAAGUUUCAAAUUAUUACCAAGGUAAUGUUGGCUAUAAAUAAAAGACGCCAGCCUUCAUGUUAUUAACAUUAAUAUUGUUAUGUGCCUUUAAACAAUAUUUAGCAUUUGUAAACUUUACUCUAUUUGUAUGUCUCUUAACAAUUUUUUGAAUAUCCUAUUACAGUUUUUGAGGUAUUUAUCGAAUAACAUAUUUAAUGUGUUUUAAAUAAUCCGCAGACUGUAAAUAAUGUUUUGUGCAUAUCUCUAACUUAUGUACAUACUCAAGUGCAGUAUUAAGAAAGUGUACAUUCCAUCUAAUUUUACCAAUAAUAAUUGAAAUACAAUUUUAACAAUCAAA